CCAUCGGUUCUGUUAUAUUCUAGCUCUGAAGACCACGCCCUGUAGUGAAAAGUGAAAUCAACUUUAUCCAGUGCGUGUUUUGCAAAAUGGCAGAUAGUUCAUCUGUCGACAAGUUGACCAUUGAUCGUCAAAAGGUUUUAGGAAUGGGAAAUUAUGGCAGCGUUUUCGAAGGUAUUUGGGGUGGAAUUAAAGUAGCCGUCAAACGAAUUCUUGUAGAAAACGUUGCGAGAGACAAAACCACGAAGAUUGAACGAGAAGGAAAUGCGUUAAAUAAACUUGAUCACGAAAACGUCAUAAAAUUAUUUGACGUGGAGGAAAACAUAGACUUUAAAAUUUUCGUCCUUGAAUUGUGUGAUGCUUCUUUGGAAAAACUAUUUCUCAAAGAAAAUGACCCGAAAAAAUAUAGCGGCCCAAUGCCACCAGACACGGAAGUUCUUCUACAGUUGGCUAAAGGACUCGAGUACAUUCAUCAAAAGGAAUUAGUCCAUCGCGAUAUCAAGCCAGAGAACAUUCUCAUUUGGGUGAAUCCACAAACUAACAAGGUUGUGAUGAAAUGGACCGAUUUUGGUUUGAGUAAAUCUGUCGACGAAAAUGGAACUUUCACCAUGAGUAAAGUGAAGGGAACAUUCAAUUGGUUGGCACCGGAAAUAUUGAUAUUUCUGAACGAACUUGGCUCUACUGAGAAUGAAGCUAAGAAAAGAGGAACCGUCAAGAGCGAUGUAUUUGCAGAGGGUCUCGUCUUUGGCUACAUCAUUUCGAAAGGGGUUCAUCCCUUUGGUACCCCAAAUUAUCAAAUUCCAUUGAACGUACGAACAAAGGAACCGACCAACCUCCCCAAAAAUAAAAAAUUUCAUAAUAUAAUUAUAAAAAUGUUGGUGAAAGAAUCGAUGGAACGAAUUACAUCUUCUGAUGUCGUUAAUCUACUCAUGCAAAUCACGAUGUCCACCUCACCUAGUUCAUUUGAUAGCAAGUUAAUCAUUCAUCAUACAAAGAUUUUAGGAGUUGGAGGUUUUGGUACUGUUUAUGAAGGUGCUUGGGGUGGAGUGAAAGUGGCAGUCAAACGAAUUCUUAUAUGGGCUGCCGCAACCACGGAAAAAGAAGAGAAGGUCAUAAAAAUGUUACAUCAUACCAACGUCAUCAAAUUAUUUCACGUGGAGAAGGACAGAGACUUCAAAAUGUUCGUCCUUGAACUGUGUGAUGCCUCUUUGGACCACCUAUUUCUCAAUGAAAAUGACCCGAAAAAAUACCGUGGCCCAAUGCCACCACAAACAGAAGUACUACUUCAGUUGGCUAAAGGACUCGAGUACAUUCAUCAAAAGGGAUUAGUACAUCGCAACAUCAAGCCACAGAACGUUCUCAUAUGGGUGAAUUCGCAAACUAAACAAGUUCUAAUGAAAUGGACUGAUUUUGGUUUCAGUAAACGUUUCGAAGUAAACGAAAGAGGUUCUUUUUCGAUGGGCGGUGUUAGAGGAGCAAUCGAUUAUUUCGCACCGGAAAUAUUGAAAUUACUGGACGAGGCCAGUUCUUCUGAAAACGAAGCUCAGAAAAGAGGAACCGUCAAGAGCGAUGUAUUUGCAGAAGGCCUCGUCUUUGGCUACUUCCUUUCGGGAGGAGUUCAUCCGUUUGGCACCACAAGUCAUCAGAUUCAAAUCAACUUACGAACAAAUGAACCAGCCAAUCUUCCCAAAAAAAAAGAAUUUCGUGAUAUUAUCCUAAAAAUGUUAGACAAGAAACCAAAUAAUCGAAUUACAUCGUCAGAUGUCUUUAAUCUGUUAAUAAAUUUCACGCAAACCACGGUAAAAAAGAAUUCGGACCUGAUGUCAGUCUCAGCGUAUUCAGCAUUUAGUCCAUUUGGUGGCAUGUUGACUAUUGAUCGUAGAAAGAUUUUAGGAAUAGGAGGUUUUGCCACUGUUUAUGAAGGAGCUUGGGGUGAAACUAAAGUAGCCGUCAAACGAUUUCUUAUAGAGAAAGCCGCGAGCUGUGAAGGAGAAGAAAAUGCCCUUAAACAAUUUGAUCAUGAAAACGUCGUCAAAUUGCUUCAUGUCGAGGAGGACAAAAACUUUAAAUGUUUUGUCCUUGAAUUGUGUGAUGCCUCGUUAGAUAGAAUAUUUCUCAAAGAAAAUGACCCGAAAAAAUACAAUGGCCCAAUGCCACCAGAAACAGAAGUGCUUCUCCAGUUGGCUAAAGGACUCGAAUACAUUCAUCAAAUGGGAUUAGUCCAUCGCGACAUCAAGCCAGAGAACGUCCUCAUUUGGGUGAAUCCACAAACUAAUCAGGUUUUAAUGAAGUGGGCAGAUUUUGGUUACAGUAAACGUGUCAACGAAAGGGGAACUUUCACCAUGAGUGGAGUGAGGGGAACUUACGAUUAUUUCGCGCCGGAAAUAUUGGCAUUACUGGACGACGAGAGUCCCCCUGAAACCGACAUUCAGAAAAGAGGAACCGUCAAGAGCGACGUAUUUGCAGAGGGUCUUGUCUUUGGCUACUUCCUUUCGGGAGGGAUUCAUCCUUUUGGUGCUCAAAGAGAUCAAAUUCCAUUGAACGUACGAACAAAGGAACCGACUAUUCUCCCCGAAACGAAAGACAUUCGUAAAAUAAUGGAAAAAAUGUUACAAAAACAACCAGAGAAACGAAUAGCAUCAUCUGAUGUCGUUAAUCUACUCAUUAACACCCGGGAAAUCAGGACGAAAAAGAUGUUCACUUUAGUUGCAAAAAAAGAUCCAAGCGUGAAAGAAAUAAAAAUACUGAUACAAUAAGGUGUGGAUAUCAAUGCAAAAGACAAAAAAGGAUUGACACCACUAUUACAAAUGGCAGAAAACAAAAGUGGAAGUGGUAAUGCGUUAGAAAUAUUUAGUCUCCUGAUCCAAAACGGAGCCAACGUCAAUUCACUAGACAGCAAGGGUAAAAAUGCUCUCCUUUUAUUGUGCGACAAUCACCAAAAUCAUCAAAAAAAUCUUAAAGAAAUUAUGGGUCUUCUAAUGCUAAGUGGAUUAAAUGUGACUCCAGAAACGGUCACCCUUUUCAAGGAAAAAUACCACAAAGAAAAUCGAGAUGAAAUCUUGUUAUUGCUGGAUCAACUACAUCCAGAUGAACCAGUGACCAAACGAAUGAAGUUCGAAUAAAAUUCGGGUUCUUGUAUCCUUGUACUGAAUUAGUCAGUUCAUUAAACUUAUCUAUGGUCAUGUUUGA